AUGCACUCCUCGCUACCGCCGCCGCCACCUCCGCCGUCUGCAGCGACGCCGAUCAGAGUUGUGCCGGACAUCCCCGGGCGCGGCCGGGCGCUGGUCGCCGCCCGCGCCAUUAAACCCGGGGAGGUCCUCCUCACUGACUCACCCCUUCUCCUCUACCCUGCGCUCGACUCCGCCGAUGGGUCUUUCUCCUCUUCCUUCUGCGGCCACUGCUACCGCACGCUGGCCGCCGGCGUGCCGAGGUCACCACUGGCGUCUGUAGGGGCGUUACCCCUCUGCCCCGGCUGCUCCGGGCAGGUGCGCUUCUGCGGCGAGCCCUGCAGGGCGAUGGCCCUGCUGUCCUCCCACACGCCGUGGGCCUGUAGGGCGCUGUCCAUGAUCCGCUCAGCCGGCCGACUUCCGCCGCCGCUGGACGGCGCCGAGGGCCGCUCCCAGGUCGCCUUCCUGGUCGCCGCCUACAACCUAGCCGCCGCCUCCCCCGAGGACUUCCGCCGCUUGCUCUCCCUCCAGGGAGACGCCGGCGACCACGCCUCCCCAGAGCUCCCCCUCGCGCUUCACAGCUUGAUGGGCUCCAUCUCGCCGCCGCUGGAUCCGGCGGGGUUCUCCCCCGAGCUGACGGCGGCGCUGCUUUCCAAGGAUCGGAUGAACGCGUUUGGCCUGAUGGAGCCCGCCGGCGUCGGCAGUGGCGGAGAGGUGGAGAAGAGGGUUAGGGCCUACGGGAUCUAUCCCAACGCCUCCCUGUUCAACCACGACUGCCUCCCAAACGCCUGCAGAUUCGAUUACGUCGAUGGCGGAAGCGAUCGGAACACGGAGAUCAUCGUCCGGGCCAUCCAUGAAAUCCCCGAAGGGAGAGAGCUCUGCCUGAGCUACUUCCCCGUGAACUGGACCUUCAAGGAACGGCAGAAGAGGCUUCUGGAGGACUACGGCUUCUCCUGCGCCUGCGAUCGCUGUCUGGUAGAGAAGGGCUGGAAGGAACAGGACGAAGAGGAAGAGAAAGAGGACCACAAGGUGGCGUCAAUGGAGGACGAGGAGGCUGAGGAUGACGAAGACGAGGGGAUGGAGGGUGUCGUGGAGGAAGGAGACGGGGACUUCCCGCAUGCUUACUUCUUCGUGAGAUUCAUGUGCCAGAGGGAAAACUGCGGGGGGACCUUGGCGCCGCUGCCGCCCUCUCCGCAGGGCGUGACCUCCGGCGUCAUGGAGUGCAAUGCCUGCGGGGGCCUGCGGAAGGGAGAUGAUCCCUGCGACGACGGCGGCGGUGAAGACGAUGGAAUUGUGGUGGACGGGUGA